UCGGCUUUGCAUCGCACCCUUCGUUCGUUGCUCGCGAGCACGCGCGUCGAGUUCACUUUCCAACGACACCAAGUGCACGUGGAGAGUGCGCGUCUACAAAAUCAGAAAAAAAUAAAAGAGAAAGAGGAGAAAAAUAGCGAAAAAAUCCAAGAGGUGAAAGAGUCGGUAAAAAUCGAGUGGCCAUUCGUGAGUUUCAUUCGGAUAAGUGAGAUUUAGUUAUUGUCGUCUUCUCGCUGCGAACGUAUGACAGCCAUCGAAAUGAGGAAGACUGCGUGGGAGUAGUGGCAUUGGAACGCGCCAACUCCAACUCCGUUUGUUGGCUCGUCAAAGGUGGUACGAGUCGGAUGAGAUGAGCCGAGGUAACAGCAGUAGCGCCAGCUUCGCCGGGCCACCGUCGCCGGACGUAGCCUCGGGCCAGCGGCAGCAGCGAGACACAGGAGCAUAAAGCCAGACGAGGCGGAGAAUAAACGGCUCGGCCGAAAAGAUAAAGAGGAAGAGGGCCGAGAGGGAAGAAAGCGAGGAGAGAAAGAGGCGCUUCUUUUCCGUCGUUGCGCACGGAGAUAAGAAACGAGCUGGUGAAUAUUUGGUAGUGCUCGCACGUUGGAUGAAUGAAAUUACGCGCGAGGGCUCGUAGCGGUGGCAGUGGCUCGAGUGCGGAUUAAUAUUCGGACGAGGGUGCUGCUCCAACGGAGAAGAGAAGAAGGGCCCGGAGUGAAAUAGCGGUGUAGCGUGGUGCGGCGACGACGGCCAAAUAAUCGAGUGCGCUAUUGCAAGGUGCGCGUGUGCGUGCACGGGGCCAUGACGGAAAAGACGGCGAGAAGGUAGUGGCGAUGGCUCGGACUGCGUGGAUCCUACGAUGAUCGAGGCUGCGUCGUCGUCGAGCAGCUGACCGUCGAGUCGAUCCUGUUUCGACUUAGGCCUGUACAUACACUCACAUAUCCGCCUGGACUGAGGGAUCCUUCGGGGUUUAGUGGAGAGACUGGCGGCAGACUUAGGAACGGCGCAGGCGAAAUCAAGCCGAGGAGGGAGGCUCGUGCGGCAAAACGCGGUGGACGAGGGCACGGAGGAUGCUGAGACGACUGCUGGAGGCCUCGGCGAGGGCCGCCGGGCAGCCUCACAGCAACAGCCUGCCCACGGCCACGCUGGCCCCGGUGCUGCUGCACAGCCAGGCGGCUGCCAACCUGACGGCGCCGCGGCCGCAGCCAAAUAGCUCGGCCGGCGGAACACCGGGCCUCUUCCAUGCCGCCUCCACCAUCACCACUCUCGUCUCGUCGGCCCAACACCAGUUCCAAAACUCCAGUCUCUAUCUCCUACCCGCGCAGGCGUCCGACAACGAUGGCUUCGAAUACAGUAUACUGGCGGCAUUUUCAGAUAUGGAAACUGUCCUUUUGGCCUGCAUCUCCACUUUGGUACCUCUGAUCGUCGCUUUGGGACUGGCAUUUGGCAUCAGGCACGUAUGGCGAAAGUAUAAGGACAGACGGACAAGCACGGCGAGCGCGUUGCCGUGGUACAGGGGAGUCUGCUCGCGGCAUAACACUUGCGAGUCGUUGCGCCACAACCAGGCCAGCAUUCAGCCACAGGCUACGCAGAUCCUGUCCGCACAAGACCUAGUGAACGGCAUGAGUGGUCCACGUUAUAUCUGCGAGACCGAGGUGAUGGAAGAUGUUGGCCUUGGUCCAUCAAGUAAAAUGCAAUACACGUCGCCGGGUAGUCACACUAGCAAAAAUACCAACGGCAACAUAAUCACCUUAACGCUAAAAAAUAACCAUCUCAUCGUGGAAACAGAGGAGCGCGCUGUCACAGUGGAAGAUGCGGGUUAUCAGGAUAACGGUUGCUCGGUGAUAGUCGAAGUACCACCAGGUUACCGUAACGACGACGUGGAACCACAAAACCAAGGCUCGUCUUCGGAUGACUUGAGUGGUGCUGGACGAGGAGGAGUGAUUAGUAACGAGGAGCAGCAGGCAUUGGUUCAUCGCGAAGAAAUCCCCGAAGACCGUUUCGGAGCUUUCGACAAUGCCCGACUCUUCGGCAGUAUAAACACCGGCCUGUCGCAGUCAGACUUGUCGAUCAGCAGUCGCGAUUCGGUGAAUCCAAGCUACCGAUACGGCAAUCAAUUGGAAUACGAAGCUGGACACUUUGGUUACCCGAUGUAUGUAGACUCGAUGCUACUGAAAGUGGAGCCUACUACGAGUCGCUACUCUUCCUCUUCGAACAAAUGGGUCGAGUUCGACAAGUCGCCCGAUACCGAGAAGACUCUACUCAAGGAGGACGACUCCAAGAUGCCCAGACCCGAGAACGACGACAUCUCGGAGAUGUGCAACAACAGAGCGGACUCGGGUGGCUCGUCGCUGGAACAGCAGGACUCGACAGACUUAAGUAAUUCCACAGACACGACGACGACGGUACGUUUAAAUCCGAAUCUUGAGAUUAACGGCGACGAAGUGGCGUCGCUACUUGACAACAAACCCGUCAUCACCGGCGCCCUUCUCAAAGAUGAGGCUGCUUUGCAAGAGGACACCUUCCAGGAGCAACAGCGCAAACUCGGCAACGGCACGCUCACGCCCGAGCACUAUGCCGACAAUAGGCCGGAAACGAACAACAAAGAACAACAACAGCAUAACAACGGGACAAGGCAGCCGGAGGCAAGUAGUUUCGUGCCAACGCACAAGCGCACAGGUAGCAUACCACCGCGACUGAUCGAGGAGACAACGGCACUGGAAUUCGAGCGCAAGAAGCCACCGGCACUCGACAUCUACAGUCAAAUCAAAACGAGCAUACUACCCGGUCUCAGCCCCAAGUUCGAACUUCUGCGAAACGAAAUCAGUCCCGUCGACGAGAAGGAGAGUUAAUCCGUCCUAUUCCUUCCCUAGUCGCUUUUGUUUUCUUUUGCUGUCGACAAAGAUCCAGCGAAUAGACUACCUCCCUUUACAUCCCAACCCUCUUUCUCUUAAUUUAGGUCGUACCAGAACCCAAAUGAAGGCCGGGAGGAUUACAGAUGAUGUCAAUUUUUAUGCGAGACCCUUUGACACCAAUUUUAGAGAUAUUCAAAGUUGAAAUUCCCGAGAGGAUCGAGAAUAAUUACGACGCGCUUUAAUUAGUGUCGAAGGGUGAAUGGAAUAACUUAAACCUCCUCUCCCCACUCCCCACCAAGUGAAUUUUAUAAAUUCUACUAAAGAAGGCACAAAUUCAGUUUGAAAAGUUGAUUUGACUGAGAUAUCUUCGAGAAACCUUGUAAAUUUCCAAGAAAAUCCAGCAAAAUUGCAAACAAGAUGUCGCGGCACGUCAAUUGGUCGAGUCGAGGAAGAGCAAAGCAGCUGCGGUCGAAGCCGACAAUGUACUCUAAUGAUACUCGUUGUCGUCGUUGCUCCUUGGUUCACUCCAUCCCUCCUUCCCAUUCCCUUUGACACUCAGCCCUUCCCUGUGUACCUAUUAUAAUCAUUUCCUUCCGCCUGUCGGUUAGCAUUUGAGCAUGCCCAAUCUAAUGCUAACGAGCUACAUUGGUGUUAAAAUUAAACAACAAAAUACCCUCUUCGAGUCUAAAGAAUUUAUAAAGGAAUAAUCUUGGGAUCUCCGUUGUAAUUUUUUCCACCUGCCCUCUCCUUUUUCUCCGAGCUAACUUUUGGAGAAUAAGAAAAAUUCUAUUGCCGAGGCCGCGCGGAGAACAAUCGUCGACUAAUGAACUCGAGCCCCGCGCUUAAAGGUAUGUUCGUCCGACUGAGUCUCUUUUCCUCUCUCACUCUCUGACAGUGUAGAUUCAAGGAAAAAGAGAUUCGCGCGCUCAGAAGAAAAAAAACCCUAACAUAAGUCGUAUUAUUGCGAAUUGCGGUUCUUUUAUGCGCGAUGUUCUCUCCCGCGCGCUGGUGUUAAAUUGAGCUCGUCAAUUAUUUUAAUUCCUUAAUUAAAACGUCUAUUCACUGUAGUUUGUAAUACUUUAUUUGACAUGACGACUUUUUCUCUUUAUUUCAAAGGAUUACAAUCAGUGCAUAGAUACCGUAGUAAAAUAAAUAGUAUGUUUAUUACAGUGCAAUUGAAAAUUGAUUAAAGUGUUGAUCAACAUAGAGCUUGAGGAGGGGGUAAACAUAUACCCUCGGAAGCUCUAUUAUCGAUUCAAUUAUCAAAGUUCGAUAAUACCAGACCGGAUAUUGAUAACCAAUGGCAAGACUUAGAAAUGCAAAGCCCGAGCUGCUACAUAGAGCUGAACGAGAAAUUCAAUAUAUCCACUCGAGUCUCUCGUACGGUUUAUGAAGUAUUAGUUCGUACUACAGGAGGCUGUGGGCAUUGGACAACGAUCUCAGACACACACACACACACACACACACACACACACACACACACACAUACACACACAUACUUAGAACACACACGCGCGCGCGCACACACCACAGUCAUAAUACACUCGGCUUUGAAAGUUAUAAUGGAAACAGUCGAGGAAAUGGACGCUGGCCGAGCGGAAAGUAGACGAAUUCCGAUGAGUACGCACGUGCAUAUACAAACUCAAAUUGGAAAUCCGACCAACUUGCACGUAGAGAGAGUAGAUAUGCGCCUCUAAUUACCAUUUGGCCCAGGCGAUAUAUAAUUGCUUUCGCAGUCGGCAGCAUUCGUAAUUAUUGCGAGUGCGUUUAUAUGAAAAUUCAAUGAUAAUAGAACUUGCCGCUUUAUGUUCUGAUUGCUCGAUGCGACGAUACAAUUGAAUAAUAAAAUGUGCACAUUGAAAUUUAAGAGGUUUCUGGAAAUUCCUCGAAAAACAGUUUUCUUGGGUGAUUUAUUGAUCGAUGACGUUACGCAAAGUUACAGAAUUGUUACUUAAAAACAAACUGACGAGCUAUGAAUUGUAAAACUUGUGUAAAUACAUGCAAAUAUCUGCUUGUGUGCGACGUUCAUCUCCGACUACUUUUUUAUCAGCGUUUUGAUUUUUAUGGUAAAUAAUAAAAAAUAGCGAGCGUUCUUGUUCUCGAUAAUGGAUUUGUGUAAAGAACUAUAACGCUGAGAAAUCAAAAUAAAACAAUUAAGUAAACGCGUAUAAGGCUGUUUAUACAUUCGCCAGCUUUAGAGUUCUUUUCUUUUUAGUGAGCCUGUAGUGAUAUCGUGUAGUGUGGGAAAAUAAAAAGGACAAAAAAACUUUUGUAAUAACUCGUAGUUUCGAUGUUGGUUGCAACAAUUAGGUGCACCAAUGUUGAUUUUUUUCUUAAAAGAGAUAACUCCAGGUGGUGCCAAUCGUUUCACCAGUAUUAUUAAUCAGUAUUACCAAAAGACAAUUUAAUGGUCUUUUAUCAUACCGUAUUGUGUGGAUAUUUGGUGAACGUACGAGUUUUAAUUACGUUUUUUCGAUAUAAACCUCAAGAAAGACUCGAUGUCAUUUUUAAUCUUAAGGCUAUUGAAAUUAUUUCUAUUUUGUAAUACCUAAAAUCCGAGUGAAUCACACACAGUUUGUACGAAUCAAAAGCCGAUUACACAAUGUAAAGCAAUGCAGAACGCCGAUAACAAAAAAUGUUAUCACGACGCGAAAUAAAAAAAAAUUACAUUCUGAUCGAAAUUUUUUUCUGUUUAUGUAUAUCUAGUGGAAUGCAAUUUUCUACUUUCGAGUUGUUGUGUAAGAAGCUUCAUUAUCGUUAAUAUAUAUAAAAUUCGUUAUAGGAACAGAUAUUGAUAUUUGCAUAUAGGACUCUUACAAGUUUAAACGGAAGUUCCUUGCGUUGAAUGACGAUGGCUUAUUGAAAAAAUUUGAAUUGGCGACGAUAGUUUCGCGAGUCGUAAUUUUUGUGUAUACACGAUAUAAAACAACUAGAAAAGAAAUUAAAAAGAAGCACAUUAUGCGUUAAACGAUUAUUCAGAUUUUAUAUGCUUACGUUGGAUGUUAAUACAUACUAUCGUUAUCAUCGUUGUUGUUAUUCCGAUGUUACGUGAAGAUUGGCGUAAUAAUACUCUGCAAGUAUAUACUUAUACUUUUUACCCUCGAUCAUCGAUGUGAUUUAAUGAUAAUUAAAAUGCGAAUAAAAAAUAACGAAGUCAUAUUCUGUGAAUUAAUGGAUCAUCUUAAUGCUAUCUAUGAUACCUUUAGUUUCGUUCUUCCAUGAAGAUACAGUGCUACGGAAAACUUUACCGACUUUUCUCGUUGUAGUUUUGUACAUAAACGACGUUCAAUUUAUUCAAUAAAACUUUUAUAUAAACAACACAGAUAAGGCAACGAAUGUCCAACAAAAAAAGUAAUAAAUAACUGUGUGUCGUGUACCUUAUUAUGUUGGGUAAUCAGAAACUCUUUUUUUUCCUUUUAACGUAUCUAUCAUUUCGAAUAAUUGUUUUGAAAGAUAAAGUACGUAGAUCGUAAGUGACACCAGUGCUAGUGAUUUAAGUGUGAUUGCGCUCUAUUUAGAUUUUAUAACGCAAAAAUUCUUAAAUACUUCAUGUACUCCAUAAACGAAAAAACUUAUCUUAAACUGGUUGUCUCUAUCUUCUUAGAAUGUGCAAUUUAGCGAGUGAAAAGAACAAAACGAAUCUUAGCCAGUAAGUUGUUUCAAACCGAUCGAUGGAUUUAUCAAAAUUCCGUUGUGCAUUGAUGAUCUCUUGGUAGCCAAUCGCUUGUCGAGUUCCUGUAAAACUUCGAAAGUUCCAUGUUGUCUAUAAAUGGGGAUAAAAUGCAUCUGAAAAAAAAGAAAGCACAUGCGCGACGAUACUUAUUACUUGAUUAGAAUUGAAAAAAUAUCGUUUGUUAGAACAAAGAUAAAUUAUUCCAAAUAGUCCAAGAUCGGAAGCGCGGUCAUGUAUCCUAAUUAAUUGUUCUUUCUCUAUUGCACUCUAUCUUACCUUUGUCUCUAUUGGGAAAAAUUUACCGAGAGCCGGGAGCUUUCACAUGACGUAUAAAAAAACUACUAUAACCUUUCACUCAAUAUCAAGAAGAAAAAGUCAUCAAUCAUGUGGAAAGUAUAGUAUGUAAUCAAUAAUAAAUUACAUCAGGAAUCGUACUAGCGAAGUCAAACUCGAGAAGAUGAACGUAAAAAAUAAAACAAAAAAAUACUUUGUGAAUGUAUAGUAUAUACUUCGUAUAUUAUAAAAAAUAUUUUACAUUUAUUUGAAUUUCGUUUGUUUAUAAGACGAUACAAUACUUAUUAGCCCUAUAUGUAAUCAUUUUUGAAAAUAAAAUUGAAAAU